CUUUAAAGCAUCACACUUCCAAGAUACGAGAUUUUGGUGAUUUAGUUGGUGUAAAGACUUUUGGUUUCCGAGGUGAAGCCUUGAGCUCUCUCUGUGCACUAAGUAGCUUGUCAGUUAUCACUCGACAUACCAGUGAGGAUGUAGGAACAAAACUUGUGUAUGAUCAUAAUGGAAGGCUUUCUUCAAAAACACCUAUGUCAAGACAGGUGGGCACAACAGUUUCUUUGGAAAAUUUGUUCUCAACCCUACCUGUUCGACACAAAGAGUUUCAAAGAAAUGUCAAGAAGGAGUUUGCAAAAAUGGUUCAAGUACUGUAUUCAUACUGUCUAAUUUCUACAGGAAUUCGAAUAACUUGUACUAACCAAACAGACAAAGGUAAAAAGACGGUUGUGGUAUCAACCAGUGGUCACAACAGCAUUAAAGAAAACAUAUCAUCAGUAUUUGGAGCAAAACAGGUAGCAAGUCUUCUAGAAUACAAACAAGAAAAUGCCUCAAAUGAUGUCUUAACAGAGUAUGGUAUGGCUGAUGUAGAUAUUUCAAAAGGUAACUGCUUGUUUAAUAUCGAAGGUUUUAUAUCCUCUUGUGCACAUGGACAAGGACGAUCAACUACUGAUAGACAGUUUUAUUUUAUUAAUUGCCGCCCUUGUGAUCCUGCCAAGGUAAUGAAAUUAGUGAAUGAAGUCUAUCAUUAUUAUAAUCGGCAUCAGUCUCCAUUUGUUGUUUUAAAUAUCCGUCUCAAAGAAGAUGAUGUUGACAUCAAUGUUACACCAGAUAAAAGGCAAAUUCUAGUUAAUAAUGAGAAGUUAAUGCUGGCUACUAUCAAGACUUCACUGAUAAAGCUUUUUGAGAACAUCCCAAGUACUUACAGAAUGCAGAACACUUCCUUAGAUAUUUCGCUUAAUAGGUCUUUUGGUUCACCAGAAAGCAUUCGCAUUUCUGGAAAUGGCAGCCAAAAAGUCAGUUCUAACGACAGCAUAUCUUCACUUGUUCUUAAGUUUGGCCGUAAUGUUAGUGGGUCACCAGCAUCAGAGUCCUACGGAAAUAUAUUAUCUUCUCCUGUAGCCUCUGGAUUAAAGCGCUCACAUUCUCAGGGUGAGGGUUGUUCAAGCCCAAGCAGUAAACAACCAAAACUUGACAGUUUUUUCAAAAGUAAGUCAUUACCAUUGGAAAGUAAAAGUGAUCCAUGUUCUGAGGUUGAUUGUGCCUCUCCAUCAAAUGGUGUUGCAACUGAUCUGCAGUCAAAGGCAGAUGAUGAAUUACAAGAAGAUACAAACACACAUGGUCCAUUUGUGGAGGGUGUUGAAAAAUUGGAGGAUCUAGACAAAUGUGGUAUUGCUUUCUCAGGAGACACAAGUAACCUUCCUGAAGACCUACAGGAAAAUGAAGACUCCCUUUGUUGCAGAAAUACCAGCAAUAUUGAAUCAUUGAGAGUACUUGAGGAGAGUUCAAACCAAGACACAUCUGUGUCAAAUGGAUCUGAUUGCAAAAUCCAAACAAAAAGCUACCAUACUGAAGAUGGUGAUUUUUGUAAUGUAGCUUGUAGUGCUAGUAAUCAAAAUAUGUCUGCAUUUAGCGGUGAAACUGAAGUGAGUGACCCUCAAAUUGGAAAUAAAAUUGAUGCCAAAAAUGUUUUGUCACAGUUUUAUUCAACUAGUUUACAAUCUCCAAGUUGUAAGGAAGCUAACAAAGCUGCCAGUGAUUUCUUGAAUAAUUUGCUAGCCAAGAGAUCAGAUAAAAAGAAAAGUAUCACUGGAAAUGAUGACACUGGAGACAUGGAAAUAAGUGCAUAUGAUGCAAAGACAGUAACAAAUGAAAAGUAUGAUAAUGAAUUUAGUGAGGUAAACAGAUUGUCUCCAAGCCCAAACAAGAAAAUAGUUGUGUAUGAAGAAUACAAUCCUGAAAACUAUACUUCCAAUAGAAAGUCAAGAACUAUUAGAUUUAAUUUGGAAUCUUUAAAGGAAAAAAUAAAAUUGUCGGUUGAGACUAAGGAGAAGAAAAACUUGGUACGUAGAUUUCAUGCCAAGAUUGCUCCAACUGACAAUCAGUCUGCUGAAGAUGAACUUAAGAAGGAAAUCACCAAGGACAUGUUUGCCCAGAUGGAGAUCUUAGGACAGUUCAACUUAGGAUUCAUAAUAACAAGAUUUGGUUCUGAUUUAUUCAUAGUUGACCAGCAUGCUACUGAUGAGAAGUACAAUUUUGAGACUCUGCAGCAAACUUGUGUCCUUCAAAAUCAGAGACUUAUUAUUCCACAGUUGCUGGAGCUCACAGCUGUUAAUGAGUCUAUUUUGUUGGACAAUAUUGAUAUUUUUGAGAAAAAUGGAUUCAUGUUCAAAAUUGAAGAAAAUAAAUGUGUGGGAAGAAGAGUCAGUCUUACAUCAAUGCCUUUCAGUCGAGGAUGGGAAUUUGGCAAAGAAGACAUAGAUGAACUUAUUUUCAUGUUGUCUGAUUCUCCAGGUGUAAUGUGCCGACCUUCUCGUGUGAGAGCCAUGUUUGCAUCUAGAGCUUGUCGUAAAUCUGUAAUGAUAGGAACAGCCCUUUCAACUCAGCAAAUGCGAAAACUUGUUGACCACAUGGGAGAAAUUGAACAGCCAUGGAACUGCCCUCAUGGCAGACCAACAAUGAGACACUUGAUUAAUUUGGACAUUAUAUCAGUAGUUGAUGACAACUGAAGCAGAUAUUGAAGUUCUUAUUGUUAUUUUUAUCAAACUAAUGAGAUUUACUUGGUUUAUUAACCUUGUAUGCUAUGUUUUUAGACUUGCCAGAUUAAAUCAAAUCAAUUUAUAUUUUUUUAUGUAAUUUGAAUGAUAUUUUUUAUAUAUGUAAGGAUAGUUUACUAUGGCAAAAUCUUGUUAAAUUUGAACGAGAAUUUAUUCAUCUCAUAAAUUAAAAGUAAAAUUUGCAACAUCUUUA